AUGGAUGCCACCUUCAACCACGGGAAACAGGUGAUGAAAAAGACUCGCAAGAGCACACCCAAGGUGAGAUCUGGGUGCAUAACAUGCAAAUCCCGGCGCGUGAAAUGUGACGAGGCGAAACCCGAGUGUCAACGCUGUAUCCGCGCAUGUCGGAAAUGCGAAGGCUAUCCCAGGAGCGACCAACGGGAGACCGUCGAGCAUUUACCAUUAUCCCACCAUUCAAUAUCCGCGUACAACAUUCCCUUCAAAGUUCCUGGGAGUCAAGCCGACCGACAACUCCUGCAUUACUACUGCUCUCAGGCCGCGUGGAAUCUGUCCAGCUACUCAGACCCUACGCUUUGGACCCAGUUGAUCUUGCAACGGAGCCACCAUCAACCGGUCAUUCGUAAUGCAUUGGUUGCCCUUAGCUCCUUGCAUAAGGACUACCUGUGUGGAGAAUUUGUAGGCACUGAUCUCGACCACGACUCAGACAGCUCAUGCCCACCCGCGAAAACCAUGGGCAUGAUCAGUCGUUGUCAUAGACAAUUACGAAACUACCUGUCCCGCACUGAUGCAUCGCUAGACGUUGCCCUCAUCUGCAGCGUUAUCUUUUAUGUCUUUGAAUCCCUCCUAGGUGACUCUCAGCGUGCCAUCUGGCAUUUGGACCGGGGCUUGGUUCUCUUUCAAGAAUGCCAACACCACGAUCCAACCGACCCCUUAAUGUCACGUCUGACGGCGCUUCUCUACCAGCUAGACAUCCAAGCCAGCGCCUACGACACCCGACGCGCGCCCAUUCUCAAACUAGCUUCGAAGGAAGAGGCCCAAGGCCUCGUCGACAUGGUGCCCGAUUCCUUCCUCGGCUUGGCGCACGCGGAAGGCAUUUUGCUUAAACUUCGAAAUUGGACUUUACAUCAUCUGAUCACCCAUGUCAUGCAUAAGGGAAGGACGUUGGAGGAGUUCCCUCCAGACCUAUUGUACGAGAGACUGGUGCUCGGCGCGCAGUAUGAGAGAUAUGAAGCCGCUCUGGCCGAGCUCGCUACCGCCGAAAUGUUCCAUUCGGAUAGCGGGGGGGGCCCAUCGACGGAAGCCCAGCGACGACAGCGACGACAGCAAUUGCGGCUGCUCCAAGUUGACUUCCAUGCAUUCUCCUAUCUGGUCAAGGAGAACAUUCCCAUUCCCACGUCGGGGCUAGUCUCAACGCACGGCUCGUCUCCAUCGCCCGCUCCGUCGGGUUCCGGCACAUCGACAUCGACAUCGACAUCUUCACCGGCGCACCGGGACCUAAUUCUCGACGAUUCAGACUCGGAUCUCACCGCAUGCCUGACAUCUAUCGCCGACUUCCUCGCCCUCUCCUCACAACCCCCCGUCGCCGGACCGACUCCUCUAACCUCAUCAUCACGAACCUACACACUCUCCACUCACGUGAUUGCCGUCUUGUAUUUCCUGUGCCUGAAAACCACCAACACCGAAACCCUCCAGGCAGCCAUGUCGCUCUUCUCACACCCACGCCUCCGCCAUGCGCGCGACGGACUCUGGGACUCCCGUACCGCAUCGUACGUAGUUGAGAGCCUCGUCAAAAUACGCCGGAAGGAGCACCCGGAGGGGGGCGUCAGACGUGAGAUCGACGACGAGGAUUGGGACCGGAGCGGUGAAGAGUUAUCCAAGAUCGAAAGGAUCAGGGUUCUGGGCCAACACGGGAAAGUGCCCAUGUUGCAGUCCAGAACGGUCACGCCGGAGGUGGAUCGUAAAAAGACGGCGGAGGAGGUGUCCCAGGACAACCAGGAACUGGAUCCGAAUAUGGAUUUGCUCCUGCUCCCGCCGUAUUUUCCGGCCUUCUCCACCUCACCGUCAUCGUUGGGAUCGAAGGUGCCGUCGCAAAUUCAGAUGCAGGCCGAACCACAAAAUGGACGUCUAUAUUCCGACCCUCAUUUUGACCCUCAACAACCUCCUCCGGGAGCGCAUCCAACAUCAACAGAAGCAGUCGGAGCAUUCACCUGCCCAGUUUCAACACGUGCCAAAUCCAAUCCCACUCUGGAUCCACCCCCUUCUCCCCACAGGUCGAACGUCUGCUCUUCAUGGAUACAAGUCCUAUUUUCCCCACCCGUCUCUCCCUCGACCGGCAUUCGCACCUAUAUUCAUACGCAGAAAUACGCCCCGCCACACACCUGCAGCCCUUCCACUACAUUUUCGUCUUCAGCGAAGAAAACACCCGUCGCAUCACCCCAGCCGCAACGAGGGACGCGACUGGAAGACCAAGGCUGUGGCAUCAUAGAUGUGGACGGAGGGUUGGAUGAAGCGGCAAGACGGGUAUCGAAGCUGUUAUCAUGA